GACGAAGCUUCGCGUCAGUGAAGACUGCUAUUCUUCUUGAGGUCGGAAGAUGGAGAAUGGUGGUGUGGCCUCCGAGUCUUGCAUGAUCCAUGAGGAAGGAGAGAUGAUGCACUUCUCCGCUCUCUCCGCUUCCGAACUCCACCCUCAGAUGCCUCGAGGCGCGAGGAGAGCGCGUCGGAGGAGGAAGAAGGCGAAGGGAGACGCGAAGAAGCGGCGGCUGAGCGAGGAGCAGGUGAAGUUGCUGGAGAUGCGGUUCGGGGAGGAGAAGAAGUUGGAGUUGGGGAGGAAGCUCCGGUUGGCCACUGAGCUCGGCCUCGACCCCAAGCAGGUCGCCGUCUGGUUCCAGAACCGGCGGGCUCGGGACAAGAGCAAGCAGGUGGAGGAGGCCUACCUGAAGCUCAAGCCCGUCCACGAGGCCGCCGUCGUCGAGAAAUGCCACCUCGAGAACGAGGUGAUGCAGCUCAAGGGGAAGCUUUCGGAAGCACAAGAGGAGAUACGGAAGCUCUCGCUGAGCAUGAAGGAAGCCGUCGCCGGCAGCCGCCCGAGCUCAUCAACCUCGAGUCAUCAACCAUUAGUAGCAGACUUAGGAGUGGCGGCGGAGGAAGCUGAGCUCAUGUACAUACAGGAGUUUGACUUCGGCAACUGCAUGAUGGAGUGGGCAUAUUUCUAUGGACUAUGAAGAUGACUGCUAUUUUAAUUGUGGUUUAUGUAUGCGAUUAAUCAUCCAUGUAUAUUAACAUCCCUCUCCCCAAAGCCCGUUCUCUCACUAACGAUCACAGGAAUGACCAGUUUUGGGGUGUACUCGCAGUGUGAAGCAGUGGGGAUGUUGUUGCUUUGUGCUU